AUGGCAGAACCACAAGCAUCUCCAAAUUCACAAUCAACACCAUACCCAAGUAACUUUGCCCCCGCAUACCGUUAUAAAUUAAAUCCACCACCACUACCAAAACCAGCACCAAAACUAAAACCAAUUCCAAUUUCACCAACAAUACCAAACUCACCAUACCCAUUCACUUUUUUUCCUUAA